CAAGGAGUGCGUGUGGAAUCUAACAAUUUAUACGAAUUCGUACCAGAUAAAAAAAAGUCUUCAAAGGCAGGCCAGGAUCCAGCGGCCACCACGGCGAGGCCACGAAGAUAGCAAAGAACCCACAUAAUUCUGUCUGUCAUGAUAGACAGAUAUGCACAAUGAUACGAGAUCUACUUCUUAUCAAGCGAUAAAGCAAUUCAGCUUUCAAUAAUCACCGUUUUCGUGAACCAAGUGCUCCCAAACAAUUCUCAGUCCGCUCUGAUGGCCAAUUGGAAUGGCGAGAAAGUAAUCCGGAUUUGACGUUCUGUUUCCAACGAGUUGCCCUCCAAUGGAUACCAUGCUUUUUUCUGUUCAUCUUUUCGUGGUACGAAGUUUACAAAUAUGGCAGCAGUCGGUACUGGGAUAUACCAUGGAAUUGGUACAAUUUAUCCAAGAUGUUGGUCACAUUUACGUUGAUGUGCAUGAAUUGGAUCGAUCUCGGGAUGGUUGUGACCUACAAGGACGAGCAAGGACUGUUCGACGUCCAAAUCGUAACUGCAGUAGCGAAUGCCUUAUCUUAUAUUGUCUUAUUGGCAUUGUUGUUUUUUCAAAGAAAGUAUGGCGUCAGGAGUUCUGGGACGAUAUUUAUUUUCUGGUUCAUGCGAAUGUUCUUUGGUAUGGUUCAACUUCGAACAGAAAUACAAAAUAAGGAAAUUCGAGGAGACGUAUCUGGAGAUGGCGUGAAUUAUUGGGAGUAUCAGUACGUCAGCUACUGCAUUCAAUAUGCUUUCAUCUGCUUGGUGUUAAUAGCCGAGUUAUUCCCUGAUCAAGAGCCGUUGUAUAGCGAUUACCCGGAAUCAAAGAAACCAAAUCCUGAAUUGAAGUCAAGUUUUUUCGUACGCUUAUUCUUUGCAUAUUUUGAGUCGUUCACAUGGCGAGGCUUUCGCAAUCCGCUCACCACAGACGACAUGUACGACAUCAAUCCCCAGAAUGCGUCAAGCGAGUUGGUGCCUGGUUUUGAUAAGUAUUGGCAAGAAAGCGUAGAAAAAGGCCGACGCAAACAGAUGGCUACCGAUAGGAAAGCAGGAAAGGUGAACAUCGACUAUAAACCAUACUCACAAAGCAACGGAUCAAUUUUGCCAGUUAUCGUGAAGGCGUACGGAGGACCAUUCUGGUUUGCCGGUCUGUUCCAGAUAGCGAUUUCAUUGUUACAGUUUGCCAAUCCAUAUCUUAUGCAGGAGUUAAUGACGUGGAUCGCCAUAGAUGGCCCCGCCUGGCAAGGUAUUAUAUUGACGUUCGGGUUGUUCGCAGCAGCUCUACUCGUAGCAAUGUUCAACGGGCAAUACUAUUACAACACAUACCUCACUGGAUUCCGUAUUCGGUCCGGCCUGAUAAGUGGAAUCUACCGGAAAGCCCUUCGAAUCUCCAGCUCUGCCAAGAAAGACACCACCGUGGGUGAGAUUGUUAACCUCAUGUCGGUCGAUGCUCAGCGAUUCUUUGAAAUGGUCUCCUACAUGCACGUUUUAUGGUCGGCUCCAUUAAUCAUCGCUUUAUGCGUUUUUUUGCUGUAUGACUAUUUGGGUGUUGCCGUAUUUGCCGGCCUUGCCGUGAUGAUCAUAAUGGUCCCGGUGACCGGAGUUAUUUCCACUAAGCUGCGUGAUCUUCAAGUUCGACAAAUGAAGAUCAAGGACGACCGCGUGAAAAAGAUGAAUGAGAUUCUAGGUGGAAUCAAGGUUCUUAAGUUGUAUGCUUGGGAGAAAAGUUUCCAGGAUUCUAUUUUGGAAGCUCGAGAUAAAGAAAUCGCUAUUCUCAAAACAACUGCGUACUACCAAGCAGGAGUUAACCUGACGUUCACCCUGGCGCCAUUCCUUGUGACUUUAGUUUCAUUUGCAGUUUACGUUUUAAUAGACGAAAACAAUCAUUUAGAUGCCCAAACGGCAUUCGUUUCGUUGGCCUUGUUUAAUAUUCUACGGGUUCCGAUGGGAUGGCUUCCGAUGAUGGUGACCUUUGCGAUGCAGGCUUGGGUGUCUGUCAAGCGUAUCGACAAGUUUAUGAACAGUGCCGAACUUGAUCCAAAUAAUGUGACUCAUGAGAAAAGUGAUUAUGCGUUGUCCAUCAAGGAUGGAACAUUCUCUUGGGGAGAAGAUUCUCCAACAUUGAAGAACAUCAAUUUGACAUUAAGAAAAGGUCAGCUAACGGCAAUUGUGGGCAGUGUUGGAACAGGAAAGAGCUCUCUUAUCAGCGCUCUUCUCGGUGAAAUGGAGAAGAUCAAUGGAUCGGUGAAUACGGACGGCAGGAUUGCCUACGUCUCUCAGCAAGCGUGGAUUCAAAAUGCUACUCUUCGAGACAACAUUUUGUUCGGAAAAUCCUACGAUAAGGCAAAGUAUGAUCGUGUGAUCGAAUGUUGUGCUUUGAAACCAGAUCUCGACAUGCUACCGGGUGGAGAUUCUACUGAAAUUGGUGAAAAGGGUAUUAACUUGUCCGGUGGACAAAAGCAAAGAGUUUCCUUAGCCCGAGCCGUCUACGCUGAUGCCGAGAUCUAUCUGUUCGACGAUCCCUUGAGCGCGGUCGAUGCUCACGUUGGAAAACACAUCUUUGAGAAGGUUAUUGGGCCUCAAGGAAUCCUUGUUAGAAGAACACGGCUAUUGGUAACGCACGGGAUAUCAUUCUUGCCUUACGUGGAGAAUAUUUUCGUUAUGAAAGAAGGAGAGAUUUCGGAAAGUGGUUCUUAUCAGCAGUUGAUAGAUCAGAAGGGUGCGUUUGCAGAGUUCCUUGCUCAGCACAUUCAAGAUUUGGACGAUGAAGACGAAGAAGAAAUUCUAAUUAUUCAUGAAGCACUACCGGACGAUAUCGUAAAACGGGAAGUUGUAAAACGCUUAGCUUCUAUCCGUUCUAAUAAAUCUGACGAGAAUGUUCCUCGGAAACGUCUAAGUCGUAAUGAAUCACGCUCCAGUUACCGAAAGGAGAAUCCAAAUGAAGUUGAUACCAAGCUAGAAAAAGCUACUCUUAUAGAAAAGGAGGAGUCAGCAACAGGAGCUGUUACAUUCGGUGUUUACUUGCAAUAUCUUAAAGCUGUUGGCCUUUCAUUAGGCUUUUGGGCUAUUGUUCUCAACGCCAUCAACCAAGCCAGUGGAGUAUACGCCAGCAUGUGGUUGUCGGAAUGGUCCGAAGAUCCAGAAGCCAUCACCGAUACAUCUGUUCGGGACAUGUAUCUGGGAGUGUAUGGAGCAUUGGGUGGAGUUCAAGCAAUUGCCUUGUUCAUCGGAACCAUUGCAUUGGGUUUGGGCUGUUUGAAAGCUGCGAAAGAACUACACAACAAUCUUCUGGAGAGUUCUAUGAAAAUGCCCAUGUCGUUUUUCGACACCACACCACUUGGUCGAAUCAUCAAUCGGUUUUCCAAAGACGUGGAUGUGAUGGACAACACACUGCCUACAACGAUUCGAAUGUUCCUGUUGUUCUUCCUCAGUGUCAUCGGAGUGUUUGUAGUUAUUGGCAUAUCUACACCAAUCUUCCUGGCGGUAGUUCCCCCUUUACUGCUUAUCUACUACUUCAUACAGAAGGUUUAUAUUGCGACUUCUCGGCAGCUCAAACGAUUGGAGUCAGUUACUCGGAGUCCAAUCUAUUCUCAUUUUGGCGAGAGCAUCAGCGGCCAAUCGACAAUUCGUGCGUAUAACGAACAGGCAAGGUUCACACAUGACUCCGAGGCCAAAGUGGAUUUCAACCAGAAGGUAUCGUACCCGACAAUCAUUGCCAAUAGAUGGCUAGCACUUCGACUGGAAAUCCUCGGCAGUUUGGUGAUCGUGUUCGCGGCAUUGUUUGCCGUUUUGGCGAAGGAGAGUAUUGGGCCAGCCACCGUAGGUCUGUCAAUUAGCUAUGCGCUUCAGAUUGCAAAUACGCUCAGUUUGAUGGUCAGAAUGACCGCUGAAGUAGAAACGAACAUCGUCGCAGUGGAGCGAUUAAGUGAGUACACUGAAUUACCGAGAGAAGAUGCAUGGCAGAAGGGUUCAGUUGACAAGAGCUGGCCGUCGGAUGGAAAUGUAGUGUUCAAGGACUUUAAACUGCGAUAUCGGGAAGGAUUAGAGCUGGUUAUCAAGGGCAUAUCAAUUGACGUCAAAGGGGGCCAGAAGAUUGGAAUCGUAGGAAGGACUGGUGCAGGAAAAUCAAGUUUGACUUUGGGGCUAUUCAGAAUUGUGGAAGCUGCCGGAGGACAAAUCAUCAUCGACGGUGUCGACAUUUCGCAAAUCGGGCUUCAUCAGUUGCGAGGACGGCUGACCAUCAUUCCCCAGGAUCCGGUGCUUUUCUCCGGAACCCUGCGUAUGAACGUCGAUCCAUUUGGUACUUAUUCUGACGAUCAGGUUUGGAAAGCCCUCGAACUAUCACAUCUGAAACUAUUCGUAAAAGGGUUGCCAGCUGGGCUGGCACAUGAAAUAGCCGAGAACGGAGAGAACCUCUCCGUCGGUCAACGCCAACUGAUCUGCCUGGCCAGAGCUGUGCUGCGAAAGACAAAGGUUUUGAUUUUGGAUGAGGCGACUGCCGCGAUUGAUUUGGACACGGAUGAUUUGAUACAGAAAACCAUCCGCACGGAGUUUGCCGAGUGCACAAUUCUGACGAUUGCUCACCGUCUCAACACGAUCCUGGAUUCGGAUAAGGUGCUGGUACUGGACAAGGGUCUCGUGGCCGAAUGUGAUUCACCGCAGAAUCUCUUAGCCGAUAAAAAUACCAUUUUCCAUAGCAUGGCGAAGAAUGCGGGUAUUGUUAGCUAGGCAAUGUUUCUGACAUAGUGGCAUAGUAUUAACAGUAUUGGAAGUUAGACUACUUAAUAAUGAGAUUAAUAUAA